GUUAUUAAUGCCUAUAAAUAGUGAAAAUUUGUGAAACAACUGCAUCAAGUUCUUCAAUAUCCACUAAUUACCAGCUUUUUCUGAACUCUUCACUGCACUUUGAAGAUGUCAGGCUGUUCAAGUUACCAUUUGCUUUCACUAGCAGUACUCUUACUGCUAGUACCGAUUGAUGGAAAUUCACAAGCUCAUUCAUCGACAGCGGGCAGGAUGAAAUCUGCUGUUUUUCAUUCGCCAAACUUUGUGCUGACACCUGGAUUAGUAUCUAACAAAUUUUACUACAACAUUGAUUUUCCCAAAGGCCAUAUUGCUGUAAAAGAUUUUUAUGCUGAAGUUGUUGAUGAGGCAGGGCAUUCUGUACCCUUACAUGAAGUAUACCUUCACCAUUGGAUUGUAGUAAGAUAUAAUCAACGAAAAAGUAACCUAUCAGAUAUGGUUGUUCAUGGCAACUCAGGAAUGUGUGAUGGGCUUUUUGUUCAGCAUUUUGGUCUUGGAUCUGAGACGCGAAAAACAGCAACAUAUACUCCUGACCCUUAUGCUAUUGUAGUAGGUGAUCCAGCGGACGUGCCUGAAGGAUACCAGGAGAGGUGGUUGAUCAAUUUACAUGCCAUUGAUACGCGUGGGGUUGAAGAUAGAUUUGGAUGUAUUGAGUGCAGGUGUCAUCUUUAUAACAUCACAAAGGAUGAGAAUGGUAGAGAUAUAAAACCAGAUUACUUUGGAGGCUUGUCAUGUUGCCCUGAUAAAUCUAGAUGCAGGUUGAGAAGAGGAUUCAGGGGUCCUAAGAGAACUUUCUACCUGAGGUACACUGUGAAGUACGUUGAUUGGGACGCGACCUCCAUUGUGCCUGUUAGAGUUUAUAUAUUUGAUGUCACAGAUGGAUGGAAAAAGCCUGUAAACCCAACGGCUGUGGCAAAACAUCCGUGUCAGCUUGAAUACGAAGUGGAGCCAUGUUCUGCAAAUGAAAAUGUUCGCGGUUGUACUCAUGUAAGACAUUUAAGUGUGCCCUUUCCCAAUGGCGGGGAUGUCAUAUAUGGAGUUGCUCACCAACAUAGAGGAGCAAUUCGUUCAGCCCUUUACGGAGAGGAUGGGCGCGUCUUAUGCUCUUCUAAGCCGAUCUAUGGCAAAGGAAAAAGUCCAGGAAAUGAAGCUGGUUAUGUUGUUGGGAUGUCUACUUGUUAUCCUAAACCUGGUUCUGUCUCGAUCAGAGAUGGGGAGAUGGUUACUUUAAUUGUAAAUUAUAGCAAUGCUAAAAGGCAUUCUGGAGUGAUGGGGGUGUUUUAUAUCUUGGUUGCUGAAUCAUUACCAAAGCCUAAUUUUGUUCUGAAUUCUUUUGAUGGAAUUUCAUAUGUUCAUAAUAAAUCAACUUAUUUACCCUAUGUUAAUUAUAUUUUACCUUUUUAUUUGUUUCUAAUUUUUGAUUCUCCUAUAUAUAUGUUACCUCAGUUAUUGAUUUUUCACAUUCUGAGUUUUUACUCUUUUAAAGUGAAAAAAGUGAUCAAAUCUUUGCUUCAAGAGCUAUAUCAGAUGUUAGGCUGUACUGUUUACCAUUUGCUUUCACUAGCAGUACUCUUACUGCUAGUACCAAUUGAUGGAAAUUCACAAACUGAAACAUCAACAGCAGGCAGGAUAAAAUCUGCUGUUUUUCAUUCACCAAAAUUCGUGCUGAAGCCUGGAUCAGUUGCUAAACUUUACUACAACAUUGAUUUACCUAAAGGCCAUAUUGCUGUAAAAGAUUUUUACGCCGAAGUUGUUGAUGAGGCAGGGCAUUCUGUACCCUUAUCUCAAGUUUAUCUUCACCAUUGGGUUGUUGUAAGAUAUAAUCAACGAAAAGAUAACCUAUCGGAGAUUAUCGCUAAUGGCAACUCAGGCAUGUGUGAUGAUGGGGUUCUUAUCCAGCAUUUUGCGCUUGGAUCUGAAACGCGUAAAACAUCAACAUAUAUUCCUGACCCUUACGCAAUCGAAAUUGGUAAUCCAGCGGACGUACCUGAAGGAUACCAAGAGGGAUGGUUGAUCAACUUACAUGCCAUUGAUAAGCGAGGGACUGAAGAUAGAUUUGGAUGCAUUGAGUGCAGAUGUCAUCUUUAUAACAUCACAAAGGAUGAGACUGGUAGAGAUAUAGAACCAGAUUACUUUGGAGGCUUGAAAUGUUGUCGUGAUAAAACUAGAUGCAGUUUGAAAGAAGGGUUCAAAGGUCCGAAGAAAGCCUAUUACCUUAAGUACACUGUGAAGUAUGUUGAUUGGGAUGCGGCCUCCAUUGUGCCGCUCAAGGUCUAUAUUUUCGAUGUCACAGAUUCAUGGAAAAGGCCUGAAAACCCGACAGCUGUGGAAAAACAUCAGUGCCAGAUUGAAUAUCAAGUGGAAUCAUGUUCUGCAGAUGAAAGUGUUCGCGGAUGUACUCAUGCAAGAAAUAUUACUGUUCCUUUUCCUGUUGACGGAGAUGUCAUCUAUGGUGUUGCUCACCAACAUAGAGGAUCAAUUCGUUCAACCCUCCAUGGAGAGGAUGGGCUCAUCAUAUGCUGUUCUAAGCCGAUCUAUGGGAAAGGAAGGAGUCCUGGAAAUGAAGCUGGUUACGUCGUAGGGAUGACUACUUGUUAUCCUAAACCUGGCUCUAUCAAGAUUAGGAAAGGAGAGAUGGUUACUUUUGUGGCAAAUUAUAGCAGUGUCAAAAGGAUUGGUGGAGUGAUGGGGGUGUUCUAUAUCUUGGUUGCUGAAACAUCACCAAAGCCUGAAUUUGUCCUGAAUUCUACAGUUGGGUUAAGAUUAUAAGUGUAAUUGUUAUUGGCAACUUGUGCUGGCAGACCUUUG